CCACUGUCAUGGCAGCGGUUUCCCGAUAGAGUGUACGACUACGGCUGCAAAAUAUUUUACGAAUUAAAUAUAUUGUUCAUACUGAUACUCCAGCUGUUUAAGAUCUAUUUUAGGGGCUUAGUUUGGUAAUGGCUGGGAGCAGCACGGCACAGAAAACAUGGGAGCUAUCAAAUAGCAUGCAGGAAGUUCAAAGUAUAGACGAAAUCUACAAAUACGACAAAAAACAACAACAAGAAAUCCUCGCAGCAAAGCCAUGGACAAAGGACCACCACUAUUUCAAAUACUGCAAGAUCUCUGCAUUGGCCCUAUUGAAGAUGGUAAUGCAUGCACGGUCUGGAGGAAACCUAGAGGUGAUGGGUCUCAUGUUGGGAAAAGUCGACGGAGAAACCAUGAUCAUAAUGGACAGCUUUGCCUUACCCGUGGAGGGCACAGAGACCAGGGUGAACGCACAGGCCGCUGCUUACGAGUACAUGGCAGCCUACAUUGAGAAUGCUAAACAGGUUGGCCGAUUGGAGAAUGCUAUCGGCUGGUACCACAGUCACCCUGGCUACGGCUGCUGGCUCUCAGGCAUCGAUGUCAGCACUCAGAUGCUCAACCAACAGUUUCAGGAGCCUUUCGUGGCUGUUGUGAUCGACCCUACUCGAACUAUUUCAGCGGGAAAAGUCAACCUUGGUGCCUUCAGAACUUACCCAAAGGGUUAUAAACCUCCAGAUGAGGGGCCCUCUGAAUAUCAGACAAUUCCCCUGAACAAGAUUGAAGACUUUGGAGUACACUGUAAACAGUAUUAUGCCUUGGAGGUAACUUACUUUAAGUCCUCCCUUGAUAGAAAGUUGCUGGAGCUGCUUUGGAAUAAAUACUGGGUCAAUACUUUAAGCUCCUCAAGUCUUCUUACGAACUCUGACUACACCACAGGCCAGGUGUUUGACCUGUCAGAGAAGCUGGAGCAGUCUGAGGCUCAGCUGGGCAGAGGCAGCUUCAUGCUGGGCUUAGACACGCAUGACAGAAAGUCAGAGGACAAACUGGCUAAAGCUACACGAGAUAGCUGCAAGACGACCAUAGAGGCUAUUCAUGGUCUCAUGUCUCAAGUCAUUAAGGACAAGCUUUUCAAUCAAAUCAACACGUCCAACUAAAUUUGAACCAUUUAGCAGUUUUUACCUCAACAUGUCUUGUGGUGCAUGUACUUACUCACAUUAAACCAGUAUGGCAUA